GAAUAUACAAAAUUUGUACUCUCUCCAGUCUCCACUAUGAAAUCUAGACUAUCUAGUACCGCUCCGGCUCUGCUAAGCACUCUCGAGUUUGCUCUGACAAGAACUAGGUCAAGACGAGUAGAUUCCUCGUUUGCGUCUUGGAUCUCGAUUAUCCUUGAACCUGGGAGCAUUCUUAUGGCGAAUAGGAUUUUUGAGUAAUUUAUGGGAACGAAACUUGGUUUGGCUCUCGUUGAUGAUCAUAAAUUGUUUUGAUGGGGAAAGCUCUCUGCUACGAUGGCCAAAAGACAGAAGUCUCUAAAAGUUUAAUCAAUAGGAUCUGUGAUGUCUUCUCUGAUGGAAUACAUUUUGCAGCACCAAUUUCCUCCUUGAGGACAAAUGAAUUUGACCUGGUACAAGGUGUUUUACGAAUGUUGCAAGGAUUUUCUAGUUCCCUGUUCUAUUGGGACGAGAAUGAAAAAAGUUUUUAUGCUAAAACUGGAAUAUAUGUGACUCACCUUUCCCACACAAGCCUCCUCACUAUUCUUAAUCAAUUUAUGUAUGCCGCGACAUGUUUACAACAUGUAGAAACAGUAGUCAAUGAAGUUGAGAGAUCUGUGAGAUCACAUCCUCCAACUUUGAGGGCAUUUACAUGCUCUGUUUCUGCAUGGCUUAAGAGGUUGAGGGAUAUUGCUCUGAAGGAGGAAAUGAAGAUAUGCAGUGCGGACAUGGGGACCACUCCGACCUUGUUAGGUUUGGCCAGUUCUUUAUCAAGUCUUUGUUCAGGUGCUGAGUUUCUAUUUCAAAUAAUCCAUGGAGCCAUUCCCCGAGAAUACUUUGAGUCUAAUUUUUCUGUUCCAGCUGCUGAAUUGGCUGUUUGUGUGCUUGACUAUCUUUACCAGAGGCUCAAUGAAGUGUGUCUAGUACAAGGUGGUGAGGUGGAAGCCUAUCAGAUGCUGCUUCACAUAUUUGUUGGGAGUUUGUUGCCAUAUAUUGAGGGUCUUGAUUCGUGGCUAUUUGAAGGAUCACUAGAUGAUCCUUUUGAGGAGAUGUUCUUUUAUGCAAACAGAGCAAUCUCGGUUGAUGAGGCUGAUUUCUGGGAGAAGAGCUAUCUACUAAGACUGGUACAGUUUCGUAAGUUUGAUGAUGAGCUCUCUGCCACAACUUCUGCCAGUGAUUGUGUACCUUUGACAAAUGACAAGAAGGAAACAGGUGAAAGGGAUUCCAUCUCUCUGUCUAGCUCUAUCAAAGGAAAAGAGGGGAGCAUCAGAGACUGCCAAGCUUGUCCUCUGUUUAUUAAGGAUAUGUCUAAAUCAGUUCUCUCUGCCGGAAAAUCAUUGCAAUUGAUCCGGCAUGUUUCUACUACAUUCUCAGUGACAUCUAGCAAAGGAAGUGAUUGUCAGUUUGACGGUUUUGGAACUUCUAGUGAUGGUUUUCAUCGUGGGCAGAUUAUAGCUGGGUUAACUUUAUCAGAAAUUUUCUUUGUGUCAUUAGCAGGUCUCAUAGGCCAUGGUGAUCACAUUUCUAGAUACUUUUGGCAAGAUAACCAUUGCAAAACCACCCCAUCAUUUGAGGAAUCCUUUGUGAACAAAUUAAAAGUAGAAAAUGGUGGUGGUGAAACUUUGCCACUUUUACCAUGCUCAGAGAAGCUUUGGUAUAAGUUCUUGGUUGAUACAUUGCUUCAAAAGAGAGUGCUCAAUUCAAAGUCUGCACGUAAGGAUGCAAGUUAUUCUCUUGAUGCAAAGGAAGAGAAUAUGGUUGCAGAUGUUGGUGUUAAGUUGCCUCUCUUGGAAUCGUUCUGCACAGAAAAUCCAGUUAUUACCAUGUGUCAGAAGAUCCUUAGAAAGAAUAUGGAUGCCUGGAAAACACUUAACUUGUCUAGAAAUUUCUAUUUACCACCUUUAAAUGACGAGAUUUUACGGAAGGCUGUGUUUGGCAACGAGCAGAUAUCUUCUCAUGCUACUCAAGGAACAAACUAUGCUUUCGGUUUCCAGUUUAGCGAAUCUGAAUAUAUUCGUUCACAAAAUGACACAGAAAUGUUGGAAGUGUUGUUUCCUUUUCCAACUCUUCUUCCUACAUUUCAGGAUGAUCUCCAUAUGUCAGAGCUGUUACCUUUCCAGAAUAAUAGCACCCUUGCAUCAAGAGUUCUUACAUGGAUCCAAAAUGUUGAACUGAGAACUACUCCACUUCCUCUGGUUAUUAUGCAGGAGUGCCUUACUAUCUACGUUAAGAAGCAAGUGGAUUAUGUAGGCAAGCAUAUAUUGUCAAAGUUGAUGACUGAGUGGAGGUUAAUGGAUGAACUUGCAGUGUUGCGUGCCAUAUACUUGUUAGGUUCAGGUGAUCUGCUGCAGCACUUUUUGACUGUGAUUUUUAAUAAGCUGGACAAGGGAGAAACCUGGGAUGACGAUUUUGAGUUGAAUACAAUACUACAGGAAUCUAUUAGAAACUCUGCCGAUGGAAUGCUACUAAGUGCUCCAGAUGCAUUGGUUGUGUCCAUCGCCAAAACUCAAGGUGUUGAUGGUGAUCAACCUAAUGUAAUUACCGUUGCCUCAACCCCUCGAAAAAGUCGUGUUCAUAGUUUUGGGAUUGAUGGCCUUGACUUACUGAAAUUCACAUACAAGGUCUCUUGGCCACUUGAACUUAUUGCUAAUAAAGAGGCUGUCAAGAAGUACAACCAAGUGAUGGGCUUCUUGUUGAAAGUCAAGCGUGCAAAAUUUGUUCUUGAUAAAGCUCGGAGGUGGAUGUGGAAGAGUAGAGGUACUGCAGAAAGCAACCGCAAGCGCCACUGGUUGGUGGAGCAGAAACUCCUCCAUUUUGUGGAUGCUUUUCACCAAUAUGUAAUGGACAGGGUAUAUCAUAGUGCAUGGCUUGAACUAUGUGAGGGUAUGGCAGCUGCAAGAUCCUUGGAUGAGGUCAUAGAAGUGCACGAAGCCUACUUACUUUCAAUUCAGCGGCAGUGCUUUGUUGUCCCAGAUAAACUGUGGGCUCUGAUUGCAAGCCGAAUCAACAGCAUCCUUGGAUUAGCUCUUGAUUUCUAUUCCAUACAGCAAACACUAACUAGUGGUGGUGCAAUUUCUGCGAUCAAGGCCAGAUGUGAGAUGGAAAUUGACCGUAUUGAGAAACAGUUUGAUGAUUGCAUUGCUUUCCUACUGAGAGUCCUAUCUUUCAAGCUCAAUGUAGGGCACUUCCCUCAUCUGGCAGAUUUGGUUACGAGGAUCAACUACAACUAUUUCUACAUGUCUGAUGGUGGAAACUUGAUGAUUGCACCUAGUUCUGAAACUGUUGGUUUGAAACUAGGGAAGGCCUUUGCCGGAAGAACAGACUGAUCAAAGCUUUCAAGUAUUUUCAUGAUGUUGCAUCUCGUAGCAUGUUUCAGGAUGAUAAUGCCCUAUCUGGAAAGGCCCCUUAUUUUCCUCUGCUGGUUUUGUUGAGAGAACUAUAGGGAUGUGAGUGAAGCAGAUGUUGUGGCAGCAGCCUUGGACUCUUGGUCUGUCACGUAUAAAUUUCUUGACGUUAUGCCUAUCUUAGAUCCUGAGGUUUCUUUGUUCAGUUUGCUAGAAGAUUCUAGGAUUCUCUAGUCUUCAUUUGGCUAAAAGCCUAAAUGGCUCUGGAAGUUACCUAUCUUCCUUUGUUUGCAAUGCUAUGCUUUGUUUCUUUCAUAGGUAUAUAUAUAUGCAAAUGUAAGGUGCUUGUGAGCUAUAUUUAGCGCGUUUGAGGUUUGAUUCUUGCCAAUAU